GCUUUUUCAUCGAUUCCUUACAUUUUCUUCCAAUCAGUUUACAGUGGGAACUAAUUUCAUGAAUACAAGUUACGUCACCUGCAGAUCCCAUGGCAAGGUAUAUCUCGUUUAUUUACGUGGAGAAAACAAGAGGUUAUCGUAUCAGCAAAACUUUCACUUGAACCUUCAGAAACCAAUCUUACAGAAAUUUGCCUCUGAAACAGAGAAUCUGUAUGGCAAGAUUUUCCUUCAUUUGCUGCACUUUCCUCAUGCUUUCUCUCUCCCCUUGCGGGUCUUUUUUAUCCUCAGUUGCCGGAAGUUCUCUGCUAUCUUCUGUUGCGUUGAGCCGCAGAGCCCCGCUACAUUUGGCGACAGUCCGAGCGAAAUCAACAGAGGCAAUCAAAGAUGUGGAUCCAGCCAAAAUGGCCGCCAAAUUGGUGGCUCUUCUAGGCAGCGAAGAAGAGGCCCGUAAUUUGGAGCCAGAUUUAGCCAGGGAGAUGCUCUCUUGUCUACGAUUUCUAGUACCUCACGCAGUUUCGCUUCCCGAGGCGUCUUCUAUGAGGCGAGGGUUCAAGUCGCGGAAGGUGAUGAUGCAUGACAAGAGAAUAAAUGAACUUAUUUGGUGGCCGCCUUCUCCUGUGAUGGACAUCGCAAGGAGUGCUGUAGAAUGGGGCGCUGAUCCUGCUGUCAUUCACCGAGCUUUGAACUCGACUCACUAUCAAGUACCAGAUGUUGAAGAUUGUUUGGAACACAAGUGUCAACUUACCAAGACUACUUUUGGCCGACGCUUUUUAAACAAGGAUUUGAACUUGUAUAUGUCCUUUUUAUUUGAGACCAUUGCUGCACUUUCACCCUCUGCUGGACUCAACAUUUCAUUGAAUCGCUAUGACUUAUUCCAUGGACAUUUGUUUCUUGCCAGUAACACUGGGAGACUUGGGAUCUUGUUUCAUGCCAAAGAAUACCCGGCAUACAACAAGGAAAGUUUUCCAGUACACCUUGGCUAUUGCCAAACAGGCUCUAAUUUACCAUAUGAUUAUAGCAUGAAUCUACGAAAUAUUUUAUGGCUGGCACCGUUACCAGAUUGCUCCAACAAAAAGUGCUCAACACAAUGGCUAGCACCAGGAGCGUUGGUGGUUCUUGAUGCUCACCCGGGGGGCAUAAUUUAUGAGGACCUUGUUGGCGAGUGGGUUCAAGAGUUCAGAACAAUUUAUGAAGAUGACUUUGGAGAUGUAAUUCUUGAUGUCAACUAUUUAAAUGUGGCAAACAGUCCUCCAGAAAACAGGAUCUAUCUAUGUUGAUUAUCUGCUAUGGACUAGUGGAAAUGUAAUACUUGAUUAUUUGAAUGUUGUAAACAACAAUUCAGAAAAUAAGAGCUACCCACGUUGAUAAUCCAUUUAUUGCAGGGCUGGCUAAGCGAUGGUCCUCAAGUUAAGCUGUGCAUAGCCACCACGCUUUUGUCUUAUCCUCAUGUCAUGUACAAUAAUCCAAGCAAUUAAAUACAUCAUGGUUUCUUUUCUCUGAUAUCAAUACAGAUCUCUGUUACCUGAAUAGGUCGGUCAAUACCCUAGGUAGCAGUUGUUUUGAAAUUUUUAAAGUUAUUAAUGUAGCAAAUUAUCGUUGUUGCAUCAGAAGUAUUACACAUUUUGUGGUUGCACUUAUGGCAGUCAGGUAUAGUCAGGAAUUUACUGUUGCACAACAUUAGAACGAACAUUGUGAUGAUUUAUUCAUUGUAAUCGUAGUCAUGUGCACAUUGUAUCUUGUAUCAGAUUCUUGUAUUAGUAUGAGCUCCUUCAUUCAAUAUCAUGUUAUCAUCCA